GUCAUUCUUUUGCAGUUGAUUCUCGGGCUAGUCCCAAUAGGGACUAGGACCGUUUCUGCCCGGCGGUCAGAAGCUUAGGAACCGAGAAUCAUUAUCUUUUAUCUUGUGUUCUAGCCAUUGCCCAGGCUGCGAUAUCAUGACCGCAUUGCUCUCGUUCUUCUGGAUUUGAUUGCGAGGGGCUGACAUCGCUUAUUCUGCAUUGAGACCAAUUGUUCUCGUUGGCCUGGCUUUAUACAGAGACAGCUUGGAAGUGACCGAAGAAACCUUCCUGGUGCUCAGAUUGUUCCCGCAAUUGAGCCUUCCAUCUAAUUUUCUCGAUCUUUGAAGCAUACAAAUUCCUACUGCGUUUAAUCCUUUAUCAAUUCAACCAUGACUCCCGCAAGAGGUCGGGUGCCUGGUCAAAGGAGCCCGCAUGUGCUGGUGACCGAUUCGCGCGAGCAGCAAUCAUCUACUCAGCCUCGCCGUCGUCGUUCCCCGUCUACCCGUUUCAUCACAGUCGAUAACGUCCUCCAAUAUACCUCGGAUAUUCCGUCGAUGCAACAGCGCCACCCGCCUCAACCUUCAAGAACCCGUCCUCGGUCGCGCAUAGCAUCCGCAACAGGUGCCUUGAUCGGCUCUGGCACAGCAGGCACUUCUGGUGGUGGCACCAGUGCAGCCAGUACUGCGGUAACGAUGGGCCGUCUCGCAGCUCAGCCACGUUUACCCCCUCGGUCGACAAAGGUUAGCGAGAAAUUGGUUCUUCUGCCCGAGUCGGAAGAAGUGGAUAAUAGAUUGGGGGAUGAGGAGAGUGAUGAAGAGGAUGAGGAGACUGUGGACGAGGAGUUGGUCCAGAGACUGGCGAGGGACAAAAACAUCGACCCGGAUUCCGUAAGACAACGGCUAUUAACACAUAAGAAGCUCGGUGGGGACUUUGGCGAGGACAAUGAUAUUGCCCCCCUGUUGGCAGAUGAGGAGUUACUGCGCCGCCGGAAAGUUGCGCCGGAGAGGGCCAAAAGUUAUGCGGAGCGGUUACCGAAGGCCCGUCGUGCGGAGAAAUUAUCUCGUGUCACGGCCUAUUGUACUGCACAAGCUUAUAAGAUGAGCUCCCUGGCGACGUUUGUGAAGGAGAGGCACGGUGGAAAAUCCAAGCUUUAUGACGAUUGCUUGUACACCGCGUACCAUCUGCCAUUACUCCCCGGCCAUGGAGGAUACAGGCUUAGGAGUAGUCCGGUCGUGAAGAAGCCUGGUGGCAAGUCUCUUCUGGAUGAAGAAAUCGAGCGGAACGAGCUACGUGACUAUCAUGAUGAAUACAUGACAGAAGCUGAGGAGCAUUCUGUUUUCGGGGCGCGCGGCGAGCAUGGCUCACCGCGACACAGCGAGACGUCUAGACACGACCAGGAUGGUUAUCCUGCAAGCUCGGAGGUGAGGGAGGAAGCUGCCGAUGGCGCAGCCUAUGAACGCCAUGAUCGAGCACCCGUCGGCCCGUCCUUGGUGCCUACACGAUUGCUCUAUAACGUGGCAGAGAUGUUUGUCUUCAGUUAUGGUGUGGUUGUAUUCUGGAACUUCACCGAAAGACAAGAAAAGGACCUUCUUGCCGAUCUAGCAUUCGCGAGUUCGUCCGUAACUGGGAAUCCUAUUCCGCUAGCUACUAUGCCUUUGCAGGAAGAGGAUUUCGAAACGGAGGAAUUUCACUUUGAAUAUUCGACCGAAAUCUCCCGUCCUCGCGUGUACAACGACAUGAUUACUUUACGAAGCGGUGACCACAUGAUCAAGCUGGCUAUCAGCCAUGGCAUCGCCCAGAGUACCAAACUCUGCUUCUUCGAAGAGGUCAUGGCUAGACAGAUGGCUGAAGCGAAGGACGUCCCACGUAGGCUCGCCAUGACCGGCAAACUGGGUAUGAAACGGGAAGAAGUAUUCAGGAUCCUCGGACGUCUAUUCAAAAGCCGAGUAGAAGUCAAUCUCUCCUCCAACAUGCUAGACGUCCCCAACUUCUUCUGGGAAAGCGAACCAACCCUCUACCCCCUCUACAUCGCUGUUCGCGAAUACCUCGAAAUAAAGCCCCGCAUCCAGGUCCUCAACGAACGGUGCCGCGUCUUUCUCGACCUCGCCGAAAUCCUCUCCGACUCAAUAGCCGACAGCAAAACCUCUCGCCAAACAUGGAUCAUCAUCGUCCUAAUCAUAAUCUCCAUCCUCGUCACCACCUCUGAAGUCUUCCUCCGAUUCGGUAUCCUCUCCUCCGGCAAAGGCGCCUCAUCCACCUCCUUCGCCGCAGCCCUCUUCUCGCGACUAAACCCGAAUCCCCUGACUUGUUCAUGUCCCGUCCCUGUCCCGAACACAGGCUUCAAUGCAACAACAAUGGACCUAUAAUAGUCAUGAUCCAUUCCCUGCUAUUAGCUUAAAUCAGGAUACUUCACCGUAUUCCCUUGUUUCUCUUGCUCUUUGUGGUGUACAUACAUGCAUAUAUAUAUACAUAUAUAGUAUUAAUCCAGGGUAUUGCUCUUCUCUGUCUACGAGAAC